AAGAUCAGUUUACAGGCCUCUGCACCGGGUGUGAUCCCCUUUCUUCUCUCCAUCCUGGCGCUGGCAUGUGCCUCCAGUGACCAUUAUCUCACAUUAGCCCACAAUCUGGGCAGAAAACCGUACAUGCCAGGCUCCUUUUCUCCCCCACACAAAACAUACUCAGUCAUUUCACUGACCUGAUUUCUGAUUGGAGGCUGGUUGCUUUGGAUAAUGACCUCCAGGACCCCUCUGUGGGUUACAGCCUGUUUGUACUACUCUUACAACUUAAGACGUCUGCAGUGGCCUCUGAGGAAAAGGAGAAGACGAGUAUUUUAUCCCCAAACACGAGAAACUCAGAAGACUGACCAUUCUGGCUACCUGCGUGGGCCCAAGGUUGGUGCUGCCUAUGCGUCCCUUCCAGACAGGCUGCUCGCUAAAAUGAGGGAUCUUCUUCAGUUCAUCGCCUGCUUCUUUGCCUUUUUCUCCACUGGGUUCUUGGUUGUGGCCACCUGGACAGACUGUUGGAUGGUGAAUGCUGAUGAUUCUCUGGAGGUGAGCACAAAAUGCCGAGGCCUCUGGUGGGAAUGUGUCACAAAUGCUUUUGAUGGGAUUCGCACCUGUGAUGAGUACGAUUCUAUACUUGCCGAACACCCCUUGAAGCUGGUGGUAACUCGGGCGUUAAUGAUUACCGCAGAUAUUCUGGCUGGAUUUGGAUUUAUCACUCUGCUCCUUGGUCUUGACUGCGUGAAAUUCCUCCCCGAUGAGCCAUACAUCAAAGUGCGCAUCUGCUUUGUUGCUGGGAUCAUGUUACUGAUCGCAGGUGCCCCAGGAAUCAUUGGCUCAGUGUGGUAUGCUGCUGAUGUUUACGUGGAACGUUCUUCUCUGGUUUUGCACAAUAUAUUUCUUGGCAUCCAAUAUAAAUUUGGCUGGUCCUGUUGGCUUGGAAUGGCUGGGUCCCUAGGUUGUUUUUUGGCAGGUGCUGUCCUCACAUGCUGUUUAUAUCUCUUGAAAGAUGUUGGACCUGAGAGGAACUAUCCUUAUUCCAUGAGGAAGGCCUAUUCAACUGCAACUGUUUCCAUGGCCAAGUCAUAUGUUGCCCCUCGGACAGAGACUGCCAAAAUGUAUGCUGUAGACACAAGGGUGUAAAGUGUUAUAUACCAGUCUGUGUUUAUAUGUUAUUUAACUAAUCAAUCAACAAUGUUCAGGUUAAUAAAAUAGCAGGUCAGUUCAGGAACAAUUAUUUAGACUUCAUAUUCAACUAAAUUAAUUGCUCAGCUUAAUGAAAAAGUUUCCUUCUCCUAUCACUUCUCCUUUUCUGUUACUUUCAUUUAUCUUCCUCAUUAUUUCUACCCACCCCCCAUCUCUCACAUAUACAUAUACACAUUUUCCCUGUAUUUUAAGAUAAGGUUGCUAGAAUAAAAAACGUUUGGUUGUGAUUUCUAUAUUGUUAUUAGAGAUUGUAGCAUGAUGAUAUUAAAAUAAAAUGACACUUUAAGAACAGAAUGCAACCUUCAACAGAGGUCAGAGAUGCAAAUCUUCGAUGGCAUUGAGAAUCUCUUUGCUUUUUGCCUUGCUUUUGGUUCACUCUUUGUGUUUUCAGCUAUCACUACUACAAGUUUGACUACAAUUUGCCAAGGGAUUAGACAGCAGCAGUAAUAGCUUAGCCAGGAAGUUAGCUCAUUUAUUGAUCAGACAUGCAAAUGGCCAUUGUUUCCCUAGUGCACUACAUUAAAAUUCACCAAUUUAGGUGUCUUCUCACCACUGGAUCCUCAGCACCCAUGAAAUAUCUGACAUAUGAUAAAAUUUAACAAAUGUGGCUUAUUGGAAUAAAUAAAGGCUCAUGAUUCUCUACUGAAAAAUAUCAAUUUUCCUCACAAAAUAUAUGCUAUUUUGAAAGAAAUAGAAUUAUAUACACACUUAAAUCAGUGAAUGAUUGCAAAUGGGAUUUUAUUCAUAAUGUAAUCAUCUUGAAUUUUUUAAAUAGAGUUUUUUUUAAGUUAUAGAACUUAAUCUCUGUUUUCUGAUUUCUUGUAAAUAAUAUCCUUCCAUUAAUACCCUGUAAUAUCUUAAGAGACUAUCAACUGAAGUAGAAAUUAGUUAUUUGGAAAAAACGAAAUUUUGUUGCAAUUUUGUGAAGACCCCAAAAGAUGUGUUUCAAAUUUUAAAAGUUAAGUGUGAAAAAGUACAGUGUAAAAAUGAGAUGAUGAAAGCCUCAUACCUAAUUUAUAUUGUUGGGAAUGGUGUUCAUGACUUCCCAUGGUUAUCUCUUUACCAGCAUUCUCAGGAGAAAUUUUAAUCUGAUUUUAGGAUUAAUAGCAAUUAAUUCACUUUUAUUUGAUUGAUAUUAACUGUGUAAUUGACAUUUAGAAGAAUUAUUUAUUAAUCAUGUUUUCUAGUUGCCUAGGUAUUAUUUCCAUGAAUUUUAAAACUUACUUUGUUUUUUCUCAAACCCAUUUUUUAUAAAUAUUUAUUCCCACUUUUGUUUAUGAUACAUUGUCAUGUUUCAUAUCUUCUAAUAAGUCUCUUGAAAACCUUCAGGAGAAGAGCAGGGUAAAAUUAAAUAAUUUGUUAGAUUCUAGAGAUACAAAUUUUUCCCUC